AUGGCGUCAGCAUACGCAACCACGCAGGCCAUUGUUGCCUACCCCCCUGAAAAGGGGAAGAGACAGUGGAGACUCGAAGAUGUUGAACUCACGCGACCCGAAGACGAGGAGGCCGUCGUUGAAGUAAUCGCCACUGGCAUAUGCCAUACAGACCUAGGUUGUGCAUCCGCGCCGGAUGGGACGCCGGGCUUUCCAGUCCCUCCAUACCCUCGCAUCGUUGGUGCCGGCUACGUCAAAUCGGUUGGAAACAAGGUCUCAAAAGUCAAACCUGGAGACGCAGUUCUUUUGUCGUUUGCUUUCUGUACCCAAUGUCACAACUGCAAAUUUGGCGCGCCAGGAUACUGUGAAAGUUUCAAUGAAAUCAACUUCACUGGAUGCUCCACUUCGUUUUCAAACUCGGGCACUGGAAGGAUUUCGAUCGGCGGCUCCUUUUUUGGACAGUCAAGCUUCUCUCGUUUGGCUCGAGUGAAGCAAACAUCGAUAGUCAACGUCACUCGCCUUGUGAACAGCAAAGACGAGCUGAAAAUGCUGGCGCCUCUGGGCUGUGGCAUACAAACUGGCGCCGGAACUAUUACAAAACUAGCUGCGGCAAAGCCAGACGACGCCGUUGCUGUCAUUGGCCUUGGUGGAGUCGGUCUUGCAGCAGUGAUGGCUGCAAAGAUCAUUGGCUGUCGAACCGUCAUCGGAAUUGACCGCGUGCCUAGCCGACUUGAUCUCGCUCAGUCGCUUGGAGCAACCCACACCGUCAACACCGCAAACAUCACCAACACCCUGACAGAAGAGAUUUGGAAGCUCACUAGUGGACCGGGAAGCACCAUCACAGUAGAUGCCACCGGGGUUGUGCCAUUGAUUAAACAAGGGCUUGAGUUCACCGCGAAGCAAGGGAAAAUGAUUCUGCUAGGCGUUGCGCCAAUGGAUGCAACCUUGGAUCUGCCUCUUGUUCCACACAUGGUGAGCGGCAAGCAGUUGCUGGGCAGCAUGGAAGGAGGGGUACACCCCGAGGAUUAUAUACCUCAGCUCAUUCAAUGGUACCAUGAGGGAAGGUUCCCCUUGGAGAAGCUUAUAAAGACGUACGAUGUGAAGGAUUUUGAGUUAGCUGUGAAGGAUAUGGAGGAUGGAACUACAAUCAAACCAAUUCUGAUUUGGUCGUAA